GAGUCAUACGCUGCUCCCUAAAAACAGACGACAUGUUCUUUUCCACUUUGCCAUCUUGACUUCUUGCAAUUUAGAGAGACGGCGGUUCAUGAGCAUGGUGCGUGGUACGUGCUUUUGCUGGUAGUUGUGUCAACUUCUGGCACGAGGAAUCAUGUCAUCCCAGAUCAGAAGACGAAGUACCGAUACUACAGGCCGGUAGGGUAGAAAUUACGACUACACUGCAACGGAUCAAACAUGAAUGAUAAUCGCUUCCUGCUUCUAUUGGUGUAGCACGAAGCCCUCUCCCGUACUAGAACGAAUACCGCACGAUAGCUCCAUCCACAAAAAGAACGAUUCAUCGUCGUCGUUCAGAACGAGUCAUAAUCGCAUUGUUCCUCUUUUCCAAAUCUUCGAAGUAAGAGAGAACCGAUAUUCAAAAGAAUCCACGAGAACGAGCUAUAUCAAAGAACAAUGGUUGCUUYCACGAGCCCAAUCCACGUCGUAGCAGCWUCUCUGGUGCUAUCAUCAAUCAGUGCAUUUGGUCCUUGCUUAGAGCCACUCUCCCACUCUCACUCGUACAAUCACGGACGCUUCUCGCAUCUGUACGCCUCCGAAGGCGAAGAAAAUAACCACCACGACAGCGAYGAAUCGCUUCCAUCCUAUUCUUGUGAAUUUGACCUCGUGACUGCUGCUCCGCUUGAUGGUUUGGACGAGCUUUCGACGCUGUUCAACCACGGAGGUUUCGAUGGGACCUUYCCGUUUCUGCAGGAACAAGCAGAGGCAAUGGCUCUAGGAACCUACGAAGAGAAUGGUUUGCUCGAAUUCGAUAUAUGGGAGAACGAGUCGCUUGACUUGUGCGGUGACGAGUGCAAAGAAUGCGAGAUUCCCAAAGAUUGGUUUGCGGUAUCUCCGGCGGAAGAGAUCGAUGUCAUGAAAUUUCUUGGCGUCACCCGAGUAAAACCCCUGCGCUGACGUUUUCGAGAAAACCAUUAUUCAAGGGUAGCGAACAAGCGAGUGAUUCGAUGCUUCUUUUCAAACCAGGGGGAACUCGUUGGGUGGUGUCAUUCAAUUCGACAGCGAUCGGCACGCCGUCCAACAAAGUAAAUGGCUUCCAAAGACAAACGUUGAUUGAUUGCAGAUUGCUUGAAUCUUCUCUGUGGAAUUGCCAUUACAUACUAUUAUACAUACAUUUCGAAAUACGAUAAACAAACUACAUAGAGCUAAUAAACAAAAGACAUWAUCGAGUGUAAACAUUGAAAUACUACAAAGAAGUAGUGUCAUGCGAUUGGGAAUCAUUAAAAUUGAACAUUUGAU